CCAAGGGAUCUCGUUGAAUUGGGUAGAUGUUACGAAAUAGCAGGUUAAAUUCAACGAGGAGGAAAUAGAGUCACGAAGGGUUGAAAUUGUAAAUGAAAUAAAAAGAAAAAAAACAAAAACAAAAAAAGAAAAAAACAAGAAAAAAAGAUUAAUCAAACCUCGUUCGAUUCUCAAAGAACGAACAAACUUAUCCGUGAUAUUUAUAUUUACACCAAGUUCGUAUGGCCAGCGAUAGAUAACGAUCUCUAAAUUAAUGAUUCACGAUACGGUACGAUACGAUAGAGACAGGAGAGGAUAAUUUAUUCGAAAGAAAUUCAAGAUGUCUCCAAGUAAUAAACGAUCGAUGCUCCCUUGAUGUCCAUCAAUUUCAACUUCGUGCUACAAAAAUUUCAUUAUUGUACAAACGAACGACCCCGACGACGAUUGAAUAAAUGCAGUCGCUGAAAUAUUUUUUAUUUUCUACGUAGACACAUACAUACAUAUGUACAUGCAUACAUACAUACAUACAUACAUACAUACAUACAUACAUACAUACAUACAUAGAUACAUAGAGACGUCCAUCGAAGGAACGAACGGCCAAUUGAUUUUGUCGAGGCAAGCAGAAACCUUGAAGCAUAUAUCUAAUCGCAAGUGUAUUGGUUCGAAUGUCGGUCAUCGCUUUAAUUCUUUCCAAGAACAAUUACAAAUCUCAUUAUCGAAGGACAAUGUUGAUAAAAAUUAAAUAUAUCAAAAUUAAAUAUAAAGAAAUGGGAAUGCUAUCUUUUCUCAAGAAAUAAUAUCAUCGGUUAAUCGGCCUUGUCGUUGGAACGAUUCGAAUGUUCAAUUUAUCUUUUCUCAAGGAAAUAAUAAAAUUAGAAACGCAAUCUAUCGUUCGUUAACUUAUUUGCAAAGUGUUCACGUUCGAUGUCGAAGAUCGGCCAUUCUGUGCUUCUAACUCGUGCGUGAUACACUCGAGGAGAGUCUCGAAGAAAUCUCGCGUUGUCGUUACAUUCGUUUAAAAGGCAUAUCGAGAAAGAGAGAGAGAGAGAGAGAGAGAUAAAUAGGAGAAUGGAAAGGGAAAGAGUGAGAGAGAGAGAGAGAGAGUGAGUGAAGAGACACGAGUCGACCCGCGCCUGGAAACUACACUCUCGUCGAACUAAGUGGGGGCAGUUCGGGCAAGUUUAGUACGAAUAUCGAUUCAGUCUCGCGCAAACCACCCCCGUGUGCCGAUGCUUCAGCUCCACCUUUUGGGGGAGCUUUUUCCACCUCGCUUACGUUUGACAACGCUCGUCGUUAUAAACAUAGAUUCGGUUAAAGAGGGAGGCGAGAACGAGUUAACGAAAGAGAACGAUCAGAGAGAGGCAAAGAAAAAGAAACACCACGGGAGCUUUCACGAAUAGCUCUCGUCAACGUUGAACGCGAAGCAAUCGUGGCUCGAUCGUGAAGAAAAAGAAAAAAAAAAUAUAUAUAUAUAUAUCUAUAUAUAUAAAAGAACAUUUCGAUUUCAACAAAAAGACAUAGGACAUCUAAGUUCGUUCCUUUUCAUUGUCAAGCAUAGGUCCAUGAAAUGAGACUAAUGUGCAAGCUCGUCGAAGGGUGGUAAGGGGUAGGGGUUGGAGGGUGAUAGGAUCUCAGGCGAGGGUUGAAGACAUCGAAAGAGAAGCUUUUAUGUCUCUGGUUAAAGCGAAGCCUUAGAACGAAGAGGACACAACGGCGGUGACUCCGUCUGCGACGACUCCCGCCGAUCGAACAUGUCGCGAUUUCACGAGGGACGGACGAAAUCGUGUUUCUACUCUUGACUAAGUCUUCUAAAUAUACGAGCAAGACGGUGGUGGUUCGAUCAUCGAAAGACAUCAAGAGAGACAUGUCUUCGAUAUCAGCUCAAGGCGUCGUUGAGAGAGCCAGCGCCGAAUUGACCAAGAGGAUCAACGGUUUGGGAUUGAGGACCUCGAAGCAUCAUGGUGGAGGGAGGACGAGCGUCAUGGAACGCGUUACGAAUGUCUUUUGCGGAGGCGGUGGGGUGGCAUAUACAAAUUUGCAGAGCGCGAACAACGUAAACACGAUUCCGGAGAAGCCGAGUAGGAGCGUUCCAACGUCGAUGAAUAACAUGUCAACAGGGAACAACAAAACUUUGAACAAUGGUACAGGUAGCAGACCAAGGAUAUCACGGAACAAAUCGAAAACUGUUAGCCUCGCGAGUGGUGGUAUGGGAGGGUACGUCGCACCGAGCACGUGGGAGCAGUUAUUGCAAGAUGAUCAUUUUCUUGGACGAUUCUUUCUUUAUUUCAAUGCCACCGAGAGAAGGAUAUUGGCUCAGGUAUGCACGAGAUGGCGAGACGUUCUAUACGCGAGACCAAGACUCUGGGCAGGUUUGGUACCAGUAGUCAGGUGCCGAGAAGCUCGAUCUAUGCCAUCCAGCUCGCGUACACGUCUCUAUGCCUCCUUGGUAAGGCGAGGUUUUCAUUCGUUAGUUUUAUUGGGUGCCGCAGAUGAAGAUAUACCAGAGUUAACGCAUGGAUUUCCUCUUGCGCAACGAUACGUUCAUUCCUUAUCAUUACGAUGUUGCGCUGUCACCGACAGAGGUCUCGAAGCUCUUUUAGAUCAUAUGCAGGCUCUUUUCGAAUUGGAACUGGCUGGUUGUAAUGAGAUCACCGAAGCUGGACUUUGGGCUUGUCUCACGCCUAGGAUAGUAUCAUUGUCCUUGUCCGAUUGCAUAAACGUCGCAGACGAGGCCGUAGGUGCAGUAGCCCAAUUGUUACCCAGUCUUUACGAAUUUUCGCUCCAGGCUUAUCAUGUAACUGACGCCGCAUUGAGAUACUUCAGCGCCAAACAGAGUAGCGCCCUUAGCAUUCUCAGGCUCCAAUCCUGCUGGGAACUCACCAAUCAGGCAGUAAUAAAUAUUGUACAUUCCUUGCCAAAUUUGACUGUAUUAUCACUUUCUGGAUGCAGUAAAGUGACGGACGACGGUGUAGAAUUAAUAGCGGAAAAUUUGCUAAGACUUCGUUCCUUAGAUCUGAGCUGGUGUUCGCGAAUUACAGACGCAGCCUUAGAAUAUAUCGCCUGUGAUUUAAAUCACUUAGAGGAACUUACGUUAGACAGAUGCGUCCACAUAACGGAUAUUGGCGUAGGUUAUAUUUCAACAAUGGGAUCCCUAAGUGCUUUGUUCUUGAGAUGGUGUUCACAAUUAAGAGACUUCGGACUUCAGCAUUUAUGCGGUAUGAGAUCCUUACAAGUGCUUUCCGUUGCUGGAUGUCCAUUACUUACUAGUAGUGGCUUAUCUAGUCUGAUACAGCUUCGUCACUUACACGAAUUAGAGCUAACCAACUGUCCAGGAACGUCACGUGAGCUCUUUGAUUAUUUACGAGAACACUUACCACGUUGCCUAAUCAUUGAAUAAGAGGAACCGAGUGUUAACUACGGUAUUUGCGAUACAACCUCUUUGAUUUCGAACGUAGUCGCGUUGCUCGGCGAUACGAAGGUGCAAACUCGGCACGACUUUGCGGAAGACUUGUAUUAUUUGUAUACAGAAAGAUAUGUGCAAAGUAAUACGUAGGGGAGGGAGAGAAAGUAAAAGAAACAAAUGACAAUGGUACAUAUGUACUAGCGAAAGGUAUAUCACGCAAGCGAAACGCUGAUGACGUCCAUAUUCUGAGAGCAUAACUAUGUUUUUCUUCUAACGGGCAUGGAAAAGGCCACACGCGAUAUAAUAAAUUAAAUUAAGUAGUCUUUAGGCCUUUUUAAUACACCGACGCCAGCAUUUAACUGCACUUGUUCAUUCGCGUUAUGUUUUAACUGAUCAUAGUUUUAUUAUCUUCUUGUCUGCGUAAUACGUAUAGAUACAUAAUCCUAAUACCUCUUUGUAUAUGUUCUUAAAGCAUGUUUUUUCGAAUAACGAGUAUCACCCAUUAUUCGACAAAAGCCAAAGAUAUAUAUACAUAUAUAUAUAUAUAUAUACACACAUAUGUGUAUAUGUAUAUCAGAACGAGAAAGAGGACUCACAUAAGUCACCGGAUUCGUUUCUCUAUUCUGUAUAUUUCUAUAGGAAAAAGAAAAAAAGAUGUGUUACGCAUGACAUAUUUUAAUGGUUAGAGCUGUGAUAAGAUUUGUGUUACAUAAAAUUCCAUUUGACUUUGAAAUGUUCAUGAUAUAUUAUAUUAUAUUAUCGAUAUUCAUGCCGCUUCACUAUUUGCACCUGCAAUCGGAAUAUUAGAUAAUUUGCUUUAAAGAAUCCUCCUAGAAAAACUAUACUGUUACGAGACAUUUACGAAACAUGUUACCGGUUUAUCUAGUACUUUAUUCUUAAAAGAUAUGCUUCAUAUAAUCUGUUUUAUAAUACAUGUUAUUGAAAUAAGAACUGAGAUCAAUUAUUACAUAUUUAUAUAUUAUGAGAAAUGAUAUUUGUAUUCGUGAUUUUACUUGAGAAUUUACUGUAAUGGAAUUAGCCUUUUUUAAAUUUAUAGUUUACCGUCGCGCUUUAGUUAUUUCAAAUUCCUUAUGCAAUAACACGUUAACAAGUCUAAUAUGAUAUAAACGGAGUAUUUCGUGUGUUUAAAGUAUUUAAGAACUUUACUAUUUGGUUAACCCAAUAUGUCCUGCGACAUAUUAAACGAUGUUAAUAUUUUAAGAUAAUAUCAAUGGAAAUUUAUUAUUUAUGUUGUAUUUAAUAACUCGCGUAUAAUAAUUUAUAGGUAGCCAACUAGAAAGAUCUGUUUUCUAUAACAUUGUAAUUAUUUUUGCGUGUGUUAUCACGUGUUUAGUACACAACAUCUUUGUAUAUAUUGUACAAAUUAUUCUUACUAAUUCUGUUAUCAAUCAAAACUAAGCGUAAACAUACCUGCACAUGAAAAAAAUUGUAUUGGAAAAUAUGUCACUUUGUGAUGCAGGUCACAGAUGUAACAUUCUAUGAUACAUUGAGAUGUGCUGUGAAAUAUAAAUUUAUUGA